GGGACUGAGGCACUGUAAACUGAGACACUGAGACACUUGGACACUGUUCCAGAGAGGACACCCUGUGGGAUUCAGAAUGCUUUUUUGGGGCAAACUGAUUCCUUCACACCAGGACAAUAAAGGAUCCAAUAAAAUCCUCCGCGUUAAGGGAAGCAAGGAUGUGUCAAUCACAGAGGGACUUGCAACGUUUAUCCGGGACCCGGGCCGGAGAGUCACCAUAGUGACGUCGCAAAGGGGAAAGGGAAGACAGACACCGUACCAACGAAUGACUUUAGAUUUGAAGAAGGAGCGAGCUGCCAUAUGCAGCGCCGGACAGGAGCAUGUUGUGAUUGUAACUGAGGCAGGGGCGGUGUGGGAAUGGAAGCAUUCGACCCAAUCGAACAUACCCAGGAAGAUCAGCAGCUUAACUAACAUUUCACAAGUUGCAUGUGGCAACUAUCACACUGUCGCCCUAACAAAAGAUGGUCAGCUGUUCACGUGGGGUCAGAACUCGAGUGGUCAGUUGGGUUUAGGGAAAGGCAAGCCGAGCUCUCUGUCUCCUCAGCCCCUCAAGUCUCUGUGUGGGAUCCCACUGGCUCAGAUCAGCGCAGGAGGAGACCACAGCUUCGCCCUGUCUCUCUCGGGGGCCGUGUUCGGCUGGGGCAGAAACAGCGCCGGGCAGCUGGGUCUGGGAAACACUGAUGACAGACACGCCCCUGUUUGUGUGAAGAGCUUGAAUUUGAAGAAAACUGUCUUCAUCUCAUGUGGAAAGGACCAUACUGCUGUUCUAACAAAGGGAGGGUUGUUGUUCACAUUUGGAUCAGGUCGUUAUGGGCAGCUUGGACACAACUCACUGAGAGAUGAACUACUGCCUCGUGUAGUUGCUGAAUUCUGGGGGUCCAAAGUUUCCCAGAUAGCCUGUGGAGGGCAUCACACUCUGGCACUGGUUGAGUCAUCAAACACGAUCUACUCGUUUGGAUGUGGAGCACAAGGUCAGCUGGGAAAUGGCCUGAGGACCAAUCAGUGUGUGCCGUUUCCUGUCAAGCUGCCACCAGAAUACAGCCGUGAUCAGGCGAUUAAGAAAAUUACAGCUGGAGGAAAUAUUUCUCUCCUCUUUAUCUCUGAAACCGAUGAUGUUCAAACAAGUUCAAACCUAAGUUCCUUUAACACCACAGCAGUGUUAAAUGAUGAAAUGAUUGAUCGCUGGAUUUCACCCUGUAACUCAAAACCCUGGAGAAGGGAAAUCCAGAAAAUGUUCUCAUCAGCGUCAUGCAUUAAUGGGAGCUUCUGUGAGAAAAGCGGUGACCAGCAUUAUAAAACAUCUAAACUGUAUUCUGGUCUCGAUUUAUCUUUGGCUCGUCUUGCCUUUGAGAAGCUGGCCAAAAAGGACAAUGUUCUACCAGAGGUCGAGACGGUGGUGGAGAAAGCUCUUCUGCCCUCUCUGAGCCCGGAUGCUGCUGGUGUGGAAGCACUGAGGGUUUACCUCAUCCUGCCUGAACUCAUCCGAGUUCUGAAAAAACAAGGGCGUGGCACACAGCUCACUGUUGCACUGGCACGUGCCAUCUUACAACUGAAGCCUGAGUCAAUGGAGGUGUUGACAAGCCUGUGGACCAAACUGCCCUACUACUACUACAGGACUCUGGUGAAGAUGUUUCACUCUGUGUGUGCUCACUUCAUGUCACUCAGGAUGAAAACAACAUGCGACCACUGGACUGAAGUAUUAGAUCUGCUAAAGGUUCUGCAGAAACUUUACAAUGUUAAUAGUCAGAGAGCUGCAUCACUGACUGAGGGUUACUUCCUUAUCAAGGAACUCAAUGACAUCUUGACCUCCGUGGAACAACAUUUUUUAGAAGAACUGUUUCUUAUAAUGAGAAUUACAGAAAAGGAAAGUACAAUUCUCUUUACAAGCUAUCCUUUUAUCCUUGACAUAAACAGUAAAUGCACAGCAUUCAGGAUUUUACAGUUACAUUAUGGGCAAACGCUUGUGUUUGGCAUUCAAAACAUAUUGUAUGUGAACAGAGAAUCGGUGCUGGCCGACACACUUAAGUACCUGAAAAAGGGCUGCCAUGAUUUUUCUCUUCCUUUAAAGGUCAAAUUUAAUCUGGAGGAUGGGUUAGAUUACGGAGGCGUGAGUGCUGGAUUCUUCACCCUGCUUGGACAGGAAAUAACAAAAGCCUCCAAAGUAAUCCAGGUAUCUGAGGACUCGGGACUCGUUUGGUUCUCUGCAGAUUCUAAAUCCAGGCAGAAAUUCUUCUACUUUGGCGUCAUGUGUGGCUUGGCCUUUUAUAAUCACUGUUUUAUAAACAUCGACUUCCCGGUGGUACUGUUCAAGAAGCUGCUGGACCUCAGACUGACUCUGCGUGACCUGGAGGAGCUGUCGCCAGUGGAGGCCAGAAGCCUAAAGAAUUUACUGACAGAAGACGAGGAUGUUGUGGAGGAGCUCUAUUUGGAUUUCACAGUGAAAGGAAAAGAACUUAUUCCAAAUGGAGCAGAAAUCCCAGUCACAAAAGCCAACAGGGAGAAAUAUGUGGACUUGUACGUCGACUUUGUUUUGAACAAGUCAGUGGCAAACCAGUUCAAGAAAUUUAAGGAAGGUUUUUCUUGUGGAAACCCCUAUGAACUUUGGAAGAUGUUCAAGCCUGGGGAGCUCAGAGACUUACUCUACGGAAUGUGUAAAUAUGAUUGGGAGGAGCUUCAAAAGGUACAAAACCAUUUAGGUACAUUUUUCAGAGUUUUGGAUUUCUAUAGCAGUGAUAAUAGAUUUAUUUCUUCAUAAUGGUCAUAUUUCCAUCAGGGAGUCAUUUAUAAUCAAUGUGGACCCUCAGAUGAACUCGUCCAGCACUUCUGGUCCGUUUUCUUCGAGCUUGAUGAAGAGCACAGGAAGAAGUUUUUGACUUUUGUUUAUGGAACCGAUCGCCUGCCUGUAGGGGGAAUCUCUAAACUGCGACUGACAAUAACAAGAUGCAACUACAGUGACGCAGAUGACCGUUUCCCCUCUGCACAGACCUGUUUUGGCAUUUUGCACCUUCCGAAUUACAGCAGCAUCCAUAUACUUCAAAGCAAACUCACUGAUGCCAUCACAUUGUGUGAAAUUUUUGGACAAAGAUAAAAGUGUUUCAUGUCAUCUUCUGUCUUCUUAUGUAACCUGUGUGACUUGAUAUGGCGUUACAUACACAUAUCAUUAAAACAGUGAUAGGUUAUCAGCCUAAAAUAAUAAUAACCUGUUACAGUUCCUAUGUUUACUCAUUUGAUGGUUUAAGGGUUAUUAUAUACUCUUCCUUGUAGUGGAUCACAUUAAUCUGUUUAUUGUCAUUUAAAUGUGUUUGCAUUGAAGUUUUAUACCUUGUUUCCUAAUUUUAUUCCCCUUCUUCUGGGUACUAUGUUCUUUAUAUGUUAUGUUCUUUAUUUUGUGUGUGUAUAAUAUUUCUGCUAUUUUCUAUUCUGGAAAAAACUAUUUUGUUAACCCUAACGCUUACGAUUUGCCUUUGAUAAGACAAGUUCUGGAUCCAAGAAUCUUAGGAAAAGCUUUAAUAAAGAGAUAAGUA